AGUAGUAGUAGUAGUAGUAGUAGUAGUAGUAGUAGUAGUAGUAGUAGUAGUAGUAGUAGUAGUAGUAGUAGUAGUAGUAGUAGUAGUAGUAGUAGUAGUAGUAGUAGUAGUAGAAGUAGUAGUAGUAGUAGUAGAAGUAGUAGUAGUAGUAGUAGUAGUAGUAGUAGUAGUAGUAGUAGUAGUAGUAGUAGUAGUAGUAGUAGUAGUAGUAGUAGUAGUAGUAGUAGUAGUAGUAGUAGUAGUAGUAGUAGUAGUAGUAGUAGUAGUAGUAGUAGUAGUAGUAGUAGUAGUAGUAGUAGUAGUAGUAGUAGUAGUAGCUGUAGUAGUAGUAAUAGUAGUGGUAGUAGUAGUAGUAGUGGUAGUAGUAGUAGUAGUAGUAGUAAUAGUAGU